AUGCCCACGGAUCUUAAGCGUGGCCGCGUCACAGAUGCCACGAAAGUAUGGGCCUCUGUCUUAACAAACACCGAAUACCUGGCUGGCAUUCUGACCCUCGAAUACUCUCUCCGGAAAAAUGGCACGAAAUAUCCGUUCAUCGUUCUGUACACGGACUCGCUCCCCGAGGAAGCCCACGCAGCUCUUGAAGCCCGCGGCAUACUCAAACAACCUGUCCCCUACCUCAAGCCAUCUAUGACUACCGAUUUGAGCCUAGACAGACGUUUAUAUGAUGCCUGGACCAAACUGGUGUGCUUUUCACUUUACGAAUACGAGCAUGUUGUCCUCCUGGACUGCGACAUGAUGGCGCUUCAUAACAUGGAUGAGUUGAUGGAUGUUGAGUUGGAUCCACCAGAAAUGGAGGGCAAUGGGAAUCGCGUGUUUGGUAGUACCCAUGCAUGUGUUUGCAAUCCGCUCAAUAGGCCUCACUACCCUGAAGAUUGGAUCCCGGCCAAUUGUGGAUGGGCCCUCCAGCAUGGCACCCCAGAACUCGCUCAGACCAUUGCUCCUCCAAUCGAAGCAAGCUUUGGCUUGUGCAACACAGGUAUCAUCGUGACAAGACCGAGUGAAGGCGUAUACAAGAAAAUUACGGACAGUCUGGCUACGUCUGAUACAUCCGAUUGGAUCUUUGCCGACCAGUCUCUUCUUUCAGAGGUUUUCCAAGGCCGCUGGGCCCCGCUUCCAUACAUUUACAAUGCCCUUAAAACGAAACGGUGGAAGGGCGUGCAUGACGCCAUCUGGAGAGAUGAUCGUGUCAAGAACAUUCACUACUUUCUGACACCUAAGCCAUGGGACGAGACUCCGCCUGCCCACGCAGAUCCAACACACGCAUGGUGGUGUGAGAUGAAUGAAAAAAGGAAGGAGGAGGACAAGGCCAGCGGUGUCACCGAUGGAUUUUGA